CAUUUAAAUUUAUAAGUAAUGUAUAUCGUAUGAUAUAUCGGUAUGAAUUCUUCGACAGAUUCCCAUGAACACAAGAAAGAAACAGUUAGAUUUAUACAGAAUUUGGCUCAUACCGAUGGCAAGCUAAGAUCACCAAUCGAUUUGAACAUCAGCUAUAUGAACGUCGUGAAUCUAAAUCCUAUACAGUGGGUCAAUUAUAAUGUCACGCCAAAAAAAUUAAAACUCAGUAACACUGGAUAUACUGUCAUGCUUAGUGCAACAUGGCGUGAAGAAGAGCCGUAUUUGUAUGGUGGCCCUUUUAUCAGCAGUUAUGUUUUUUCACAGCUUCAUUUUCAUUGGGGUAAAACCGAUAUGGACGGCAGUGAACAUCAUGUUGACGGUGGAAGCAUGCCAAUGGAACUACAUGCAGUGCAUUAUAAGAGUGAUUACGGUACUCAAAUAGCGGCUCUUCGUCAACAUGAUGGUGUUACUAUAUUAGUGUACUUAUUCCAGCUACAGGCAGCGCCUAAUCCACUUCUGGAUGAUAUCAUAAACACAUUACCCUUUAUCCAAGCAGCUCAUUCUUCCAUCCGUUUAAUACCUUUUCCUAUAAUAAAUAUUAUGCGAUGCUUUCAACGUGAUUACUUUGUUUAUUGGGGUUCCAUAACCAUGACAAAUAUUAGAAAUAGCGUACUUUGGCUAAUAAGCAGAGAACCAUUAGGAAUAUCCAUUGAUCAAAUUGCAGAGUUUCGAACGUUAUGUGACGAACGUAAAAUGCCAAUUUUAACAAAUCGUCAGCCAUUACAGGAACGAGGUGAUAGAAAUGUUAUCCAUGUAUGUCCUAGUGGAUCCAGAUAUGCAACGCUUCUACCAAUUUCACGUGAUGGUGAUAAUAAAUAUAUUCAUCAAGACGAUGUCGAUAACAGCGAUAACAGAUAA